GACGAGCCAGUGGAGAAAACCGCAGCUCCGGGCGGAGCGGGUGAAAAGAGCAAACAUCCCUCAGCUGUAUAUUGUGGGUGUCACCGCUGGAAGUUAUGAUCUGCUGAGGAGAAACCUGCAAACGAGGAAGAGGCAGCUAGAUUCCCUAGGAUCAAGACACUAAGAGCUAAUUUUACUCUCCCAGCGAACGGGUUUUAUUUUUUCAAAUUCUCUCUUUUUUUUUGUAGCUGCGAGGAGAAGAGAUUAAAAAUGUCUUUGAUGGACUUGGAGAAGCUGAAGAUGACGUGCGCUGGUCGGGCCAUGGCAGUGCUGACCAGCGGUGGAGAUGCACAAGGGAUGAAUGCUGCCGUCCGAGCUGUGACCAGGAUGGGCAUUUAUGUGGGGGCCAAGGUCUAUCUCAUUCAUGAGGGUUACCAGGGAUUGGUGGAUGGGGGAGACAACAUCAAACUGGCCCACUGGCACAGUGUGACCAACAUUAUUCAGCUGGGUGGGACCGUGAUAGGCAGUGCCCGCUGCAAGGCCUUCAUGACGCGUGAGGGCAGAGUUUCUGCCGCCUUCAACCUGGUAAAGAAAGGCAUCACCAACCUGUGCGUGUGUGGUGGUGACGGCAGCCUUACCGGAGCCAACAUCUUCCGCAAUGAGUGGAGCGAUCUACUCGAUGAACUCGUAAAGAAAGGUGAGUGUUGCUCAAGANNNGCUAAGCAGCAUUAUAACUUGAACAUCGUGGGCCUCGUCGGCUCCAUAGACAACGACUUCUGCGGCACUGACAUGACCAUCGGUGCCGACUCUGCGCUGCACCGCAUCAUGGAGAUAAUUGAUGCCAUAAUGACCACUGCACAGAGCCACCAGCGUGCAUUUGUUUUGGAAGUGAUGGGACGGCACUGCGGGUAUUUGGCUUUAGUGUCAGCUCUGGCAUCAGGGGCAGACUGGGUUUUUAUUCCAGAGGCUCCACCUCAGGAGGGCUGGGAGGACAAUAUGUGUGCCCGUCUAGAGGGGAGCCGCACAAGUGGGGGGUCGAGACUGAACAUCAUAAUCGUCGCAGAAGGAGCCAUUGAUAGAAAUGGCAAGCCCAUCUCCUCAAAUUAUAUAAAAGAUGUAAUAUUCAAUGUCAGUGCUGUCUUAAUUGCACAUAUAUCCAAACACACGUGUUUCCAGAGCAGCAUAUUGGGUGUGGAAGCGGUCGUCACCCUGGUGGAGGCUUCUCCUGAAACCCCCGCCUGUGUCAUCGGCCUGUCGGGCAACCAAGCAGUCCGCCUCCCUCUGGUGGAGUGUGUGGAGAUGACUAAGUUGGUGCAGACGGCCAUGAACGAGAAGAGGUUUGAUGAAGCCAUUAAAUUGCGUGGAGGGAGUUUUGAGAGCAAUUGGAACAUCUACAAGAGUCUCGCUUUCCACAAGCCUCCUCAGUCUAAGAGCAACUUCUCUUUUGCUAUUCUGAACGUGGGAGCUCCGGCGGCAGGAAUGAAUUCUGCAGUGAGGUCAGCGGUGAGGUCAGGGCUCUCUCGUGGACACAAAGUCUACGGGGUCAAUGACGGCUUUCUGGGACUUGCCGAUGGAGCGGUAUUUGAGAUGGAAUGGCACAGUGUGGCUGGAUGGACGGGCCAAGGAAGCUCACUGCUGGGGACAAAACGGACUCUUCCCAACUCUCACCUGGAGAAGAUUGUGGAAACCAUCACCAAGUUUGAAAUCUCAGCUCUGCUUGUAAUAGGAGGGUUUGAGGGGUACCAAGGUGUGCUUGAGCUCUACGAGGCCCGGACUCACUACGAUGAGCUCUGCAUUCCCAUGGCCGUUAUCCCUGCUACCAUUAGCAACAACGUCCCGGGAACUUUCUUCAGUGUGGGUACAGACACUGCUGUCAAUUGUGCAAUGGAGAGUUGUGACAAGAUCAAGCAGUCUGCCAGUGGGACCAAGAGACGAGUGUUUGUGGUGGAGACCAUGGGUGGGUACUGUGGAUAUCUGGCAUCCGCAACUGGCAUAGCAGUGGGUGCUGAUGCAGCCUACAUCUUUGAAGACCCCUUUAACAUCCAUGACCUUAAGACAAAUGUGGAGCACUUAUCUGAAAAGAUGAAGAAAGAUGUCCAACGAGGUCUAAUCUUGAGGAAUGAAAAAUGCCAUGAAAACUACACUACAGAUUUCAUCCAUAAGCUGUAUUCAUCAGAAGGGAAGGACAUCUUUGACUGCAGAGUCAACGUGUUAGGACACCUCCAGCAGGGCGGGGCACCUUCUCCCUUUGAUAGAAAUUUUGGCACGAAGCUGGGCGUGAAAGCUAUCGAGUGGCUUUCAGAGAAACUGACUGAAAAUUACCGACAAGGCCGAGUGUUUGCCAACUCACCAGAAACAGCAUGUGUCAUUGGCCUUAACAGGAAGGUUGUCUCAUUCACCCCUGUCACUGAACUGAAGGAAAUAACCGAUUUUGAGCACCGGAUGCCCAAGGUAGAGUGGUGGUUAAAACUGCGGCCCAUGCUAAAGAUGUUGGCCAAGUACCAAACCAGCUUCAAUGAAUAUGUCCCAGGAGAGAUUGAACAUGUGACUCAACGCUCCAUCAGCAUUGACAGUGGAUUCUAAGCUCUCUGUAAAAUGGCAGCAUGCUUUGCAUCUUUUAACUUUUAUCCAUCAUUUUUAAUUCUCAUCAUCACAUAUCGUAUGUAACCUUUCUUCACAAGCGUGGGCUUUCAAUUUGACUGCCUGACUUCUUGUUUUCACGUAAAGAUAUUUCAAUGCUUUCCAUCAAAAUGCAGAACUCCCUUUCUCUGCCCUCUGAUAUAUCGGUUAACCUGAUUUGUUCAGAAGUUUUGUGUGCUCCUUCUUGCACUAAAGUUGCUUUUAUUUGCUCAGAGAAGUUCUGGUCAUGAUCCAAUUUGUGCCCAGACUUUUUUGUUUGUGCUUAGGGGGCAUACUGUAUGGGCACAAUAGGUGGUGGGACCUUUACUCCAUGCCCAUCUCUUAAACUUGAAUGACCAUGAAUAUACUUUCUAAACCCCAACCCACCCCACCCCAACCGGUCGCAGCAGAUGGCCGCCCCUCCCUGAGCCUGGUUCUGC